CCUCCUACUUGUCCGAAGCCGAUUGGCUGAAGCUGACGGCGUGACACGCCGCCCGGAGUCCGUCGGGAUCCGUAGUCCGGGGCUGGCUGACGAGAGGCGACCAGCGGAAGUGGCCGCGGGGCUUGCCGGGACUUGUAGUAGUUAGAAGUGGCGUCCACCGGUUGCUGCCUACACGGCUUGCCGCCGCUUCGCGGUUACCAAGGAGUGGAGAAGGUAGGGGUAGGCGCCACCGUGGAGCGGCUCCGAGAUCUCCGGGAGUCUCGCAGGCGCGCAUCCCGCGUUGCCGGGACGCAGCCUCUGGGGACGCCUCGGAGGCGGAAGCGACGACGGAGGCAGGUGAAGAAACACAAAAAAAAGGAAGUCAAGGGGUCUUUCCCAAGGUCAAAGAUCAAGGAGAUGGCCUCCUCAGGAAUAUACAAGCUGGAUAAUGGGAAGCCUUACCUGAACAACUGCUUUCCAGCCAAAAAUGUCCUUCGGAUGCCAGACAAAGGCCGAGGACACUGGUUAGUGGCUCGGAAAUGUAACCUCAAGAAGAAGCCCAAGAGUGUGCUUGAGGCGCCAGCUGAGGGUCAGGAAAGCCAGAAGAAGGUUUCUUCUGAGGUCCGGGGGAAGAAAGGGUUUCAACAGGAAAACCAAGAGGACAUUCCUGGACAUGUGCUGGACCGGGCUUUUCUGCUGAAGCACCAUUGUGUGAGGAAGCCAUCAGACCUGGUCAACAUUAAUGUGAGCGGCCUGAAGUUCUCCAAGGCUAAGGAAAAGGACUUCAAGCAUUUUCAUUCGGUGAUUUACAUCAAUGCCUCAGAAAACCUGCUUCCUCUAGAGGCAUUUCAUACAUUUCCAACCUUAAAGGAACUGGAGCUUGCAUUUAAUGGAAUCAAAACAGUCUACGUGAAAUAUGGAGACUUUAAGUUCUUGGAAUUCCUGGACCUUUCCUUCAACAGCCUGACUGCAGAGGCCAUUUGUGAUCUGGGGAUUCUGCCACACCUCCGUGUCCUGCUCCUCACAGGCAAUGGGCUCACCUCCCUGCCACCCAAUUUGGCUGUCACAGAACAGGAAGCAUCUGUGACGUCACUGACAAGCAGGAGGUACAUCCUGAGGUUCCCAGCGCUGGAGACACUGAUGCUGGAUGACAACAAGCUCUCCAGCCCCAAUUGCUUUGCCAGCCUGGCCGGGCUCAGAAGACUGAAGAAGUUAAGCCUGGACCAAAACAGGAUUUUCCGGAUCCCGUACCUACAGCAGUUUCAGCACCGAGACGGGUCAGGGGACUGGGUUGGAGGCAGGGGGAGUCCCCAGAAAGAGCCCCAUUCCAUGAGACAGCCCAAGCCGUGGAUGUUUGAGGUCUCAGACGAGCAACCAGAUUAUACUGUACUGCCCAUGAAAAAGGAUGUUGACCGGACAGAGGUUGUGUUCUCAUCUUACCCUGGAUUUUCAACCUCAGAGGCAACCAAGGUAUGUGCACUUCCUCCCAUAUUCGAGAUUCUUCCCGUGAAGUCACUGAAGGCCAGGAACCAGACGCUGGCCCCGCCCUUUCCAGAGCUGAGGUACCUUAGCCUGGCCUACAACAAGAUCGCAAAGGAAGAUGCCAUCCUGCCAGUAGCUCUUUUCCCGUCGCUCUGCGAGCUCAUCUUUCAUAACAACCCUCUGGUGGCCCAUACACGAGGGGUCCCUCCACUGCUGAAAAGCUUCCUCCAGGAGCGGCUGGGGAUCCACUUGAUUCGCAAGAAGAUAGUAAAGGCCAAGCAUCAUAUUUUGAUGCCUUGGAAGGACUCGAGGAAGGUGAAAACCCAAGUCCCAAAGGUGCCAAAGCAGCCUCUGAUUCUCCAUCACCUCCCUAUGACCACGGUCCAGUCUCCCUCAAAGGAGAUCCCAGAGUCUGAGGCAGAGCCGACUAAAGAGCUCUCCGCUGCCAGAAGCAGUAUUCUGGAGUCACAGAUACCUAUCGAGGGCGUGGAGGGCCUUUCCCUGUCCCACCGGACCUUCGUGCCCCUGCCUCCCAUCUGCUCUGAUUCCACCGUGUACAGUGAAGAGACCAUGUCCCACCGCAGCAACAGACCUGGCCACGUCAGCCCGCAGCACCUGUCAGACGAGGACACCAGGAGCAUGGAGUCCAUAUUCUUGACCCAGGUGGGUGAGCUGCCUUCCUCCAUCCUCCAGAGGGAUGAUUCAUCCAUGAGGGAGGAAGAGCAAAGACCACCCCACACAGCUCCCAGAGAGGUAAAGAGGGCUUGGAGGAAGCUCCCGACUGCCUCCCUCCCCAGCAAGUACCAUGGCUAUGAGGAGCUGCUGACAGCCAAGCCUGAUCCAGCCUUUAUUGAGCCAAAGGGAAUCCAGAAGAACGCGCAGGCCCUGCAGCGCAUGCUGAAGUGCCCCCUGCGGGGCCGCUCUUCCAAGCCCAGGCUGGACGCGCUUCAGAAACACUACGUCCCCAAGGAGAAACGGGCCCAGAGGAUCCCUGUUCCACCGCCACGGAAGACUAGAGCCCAGCUGCUGGAUGACCUCCUCGUUCGCAUGCGGGAUCCCCAGAACAUUACAGAGGCUCCACUAGGAGCUGUCCUGCACCAGCGGACUGAGCGGCGGCUGGUGAACCAGAAGCAAUACUUGGAGGCCAAGCGGCUGCUGAAGGAGUUCCAGGCCCGCUACCGGCAGCUGGUGCGCUGCUCGCUGCGGACGGUGUUCAGGGCCACAGCGCCGCCCCCGGGCCGCCCAGCGCUGAGCGAGGGCCAGCCUAGGUUUGGCUGCUUCCUCGAGUUCAUGGAUGAGUUCUGCCAGGGGCCCAUGGCCAGCGACUCGAAAAGCUAA